GGCGAAUGGAGAGCGGGGAAACCGGACUCGAAAUAUUUUGGUGGGACCAAGCAGAGCCAAAGAGUGAGCACGGCCACAUACGGCAUCCUUUUUGUUGCAAGUUCCAGCCCCGGGACCAGAACAGGUCCCGGGGACUUGGAUUGGAAGACAUAGCAGCGCGUCGGUGGGCUCGGGAUGCCGUAUUACUCACAGGCUAUUGUGCGCUCUGCUUCUUGCCGAAUGUCGCGGUGACAGUGCCGAGGGGCAGACAAUAACGGGCGGCCGUCAGUUGAUGCGCGCAAGCCACCGGGCUCGCAACUCGAGUUUAUUGUGUAACUAAAAUUGGCUGCCUGCUACGCUUAUAUAAAGCCAGUCAACAUCAAUGUCAACCUUCGUGGUCUUACAGUACCUUCACUCUCGGAGUCAUGCUCGCUCUCCUUCCACUCCUCGCGGCAUUCUCAACAGCAGUCUUUGCUCAGACCGGCAGCGACCUCCCCAGCUCUUUCCCUCAUGUUUAUCCUGGCCAGCCUCGGGGAGACUAUAGUCCCGCCUGGCAAAAGUACUUUCGCGUCGGGGAUCGACUGCCCAACGCGACAUUCCCCGUACCCAGCAGCUACGCAGGAAACAUUGGAGUGCAGCGCGCAGGGCAUCCGAAUAACACGCUCUUCUUCUGGGCAGUCGAGAAGCAGCCCGGCUCGCUGACAAAAGCCAGAAGCACAGAACCGUGGGGUAUUUGGCUGAAUGGGGGGCCAGGCUCGUCCAGUCUGAUCGGGUUCUUCCUGGAGAAUGGGCCGAUUCGGAUGGCAGCAAACGGAACCAUCUCACUCAAUCCAUACAGCUGGGAUAAGGUGUCGGACUUUGUCUGGAUCGACCAACCGGUGGGCGUGGGUUGGUCUACCGCCGAUGCGGCUGGUUACAUCCCCGACGAAGACCAGAUGGGCGCGGACUUUAUGGGAUUCCUCGGAAACCUGGUCAAAGUCUUCCCUGAGCUCGCGCACCGUCCAUUGCAUCUCACGGGAGAAAGCUACGCUGGCGUAUAUAUCCCGUACAUCAUGAAGGCUUAUUUCUCGAUGUCAAAACCACCGGUAAAGAUCGCUAAGAUCGCUAUUGGAGACGGAUCAAUUGCAUCCGAUGUUGUAUUCGAACUCCUUCCAAGCACGAACAUACUAGAAACAUACCCUCAACUAAUCGGUUACGAUCAAGACGUGUACAAAUAUUUCAAAAAACAAGAACAUCUCUGUGGUUACGAUAUCAACCUGACCUAUCCCCAAAACGGUCAAAUCAACACGCUUCCGUUUAUUGAUGCACGCGAGCGCGACGUGCCGUUUCUCGCCAAGAGCGCAAAGGUGUUGAAGCGUGGGCUGGUGGGCGAGAUCAUGGAUCGCUACUCCGCUUUGGAUGCUACGCAGAAAGACAACAUUGCCGUCGAGCGGGAGACCAAGACUUGGAAACGCGAUCUGAGCAUGCGGGCCAAUGGGACUCUCGACCCGUGGUACGGGUGUGCACUGCUCCCGGAGCUCAUUGAUUACGCGUUGAACUAUUCCGCGCCCUGGAACUUCACGGGGCAGGACUUCAACGUUUAUGAUAUUACCGAUCCCAUGGGAAACCCGACCGUGCCUCCCGCAUAUCUCAAUGAUCCACGGGUGCGCACUGCACUUCACGCUCCGACGAGCAAAGAUUGGGCCAUGUCGUUCGAUUUCCCAUUCGGAGAUAUUUUCAACGAUCCCAGUCCUGAACCGAUGGUGUUCUUGAACGAAUUAGCCACCAACACAACAGCGCACAAUAUCGGUGUCGUGCUGUUCAGUGGGAACGACGAUGCCUUGAUUGCUCAUCGGGGAACUGAGGUCACGAUCCAAAACACAACCUUUGGUGGGAUCCAAGGCUUCACACGAAGGCCAUCGACGCCGUGGAACGACGACGAGGGAAAGUUCGCAGGGAUCGUCCACCAAGAACGCGGCUGGACCUAUGUCCUGUUUCGCGGCGCAGGCCAUCUGGUCGCAGCCAAGACACCGGCUGCUGCAUUGACCUUCGUACGCGAAUUCGUGUUUGGCUCCAAUCCCACGGGCCUCGUCGUGCACGCCCCGGCCGGCAACACCGUCGUCAUUGGCGGGGAGAAUGCACCGGUCGUCGGGGACGUGCUGCCCGGAGCAGAUGGAAUCGUGUACACCCUCGGCAAAAAAGCGUCGACGUUCGUCUAUCCGCAGGCUACGCGGGCAGCGUGGACCACUUUUCUCAAAAGCCAGGAGACAGCAGUCUGAGAAAGCGCUGCGGUGUAUGUACAUAUUUAAUGUGAUGGGUAUAUAUUAUCUGUAAGAAUUAUUAGCUCUGUUCAU